AUGACCGUCGACAACUGUUCACCAACCGUCGACUUGGGGUACGUAAACCAGACCGUCAUUGGCGACGUCAUUGGUGACCUCAUUGACGACAUCAUUGACGACCUCAUUGACGACCUCAUUGACGACCUCAUUGACGACCUCAUUGACGACCUCAUUGGCGACCUCAUUGGCGACCUCAUUGACGACCUCAUUGGCGACCUCAUUGGCGACCUCAUUGACGACCUCAUUGGCGACCUCAUUGGCGACCUCAUUGACGACCUCAUUGGCGACCUCAUUGGCGACCUCAUUGACGACCUCAUUGGCGACCUCAUUGACGACCGUCUCACAAGAUAG